CAGCCGCUCGCCAGAGCAGAGUUGGGCACCCCACUCACCCAGCCCUGCGCCCGUGGAGGAUGCUGAGCCGGCAUGGCCCCCUGUGCCACAGCCCUGGCACUGUGUGUGGCACUGCUCCUCGCCCGGCUGACGGACGGUGAAACACUGGCGAGCCCCAAGCACGUCCGUUUUGAUGCGAAGAUAGCACAUCACGUGCUACGGUGGGAGCCGGGAAACAACCCCCCCAGCGACGUCCGCUACGAAGUGGAGCACAAAGUCUACGGCACGAAUAUCUCCUGGACGGCUAUUCCAAGCUGCAUGAAGAUCCCAGGGCACUCCUGUGACCUCACCUACUACACCCUGGAUUCUACCCUGCGCUACUACGCCCGCGUUAGGGCUGUGUCUGGAAACCACACAUCCCCAUGGCAAAGGAGCAGCUCUUUUUCCCCUCGAGAAGCCAGCCUGCUCCUGCCAGGCCAGAACCUCUCCGUGAUAGGCAACACCAUCUGUGUGCAGCUGCAGCUGCUCCUCAGGGUGGGGAACCUCACCGUGAAGUACGAUGACAUACAGAGGCACGUGAGGCGAUACCUGGUGUAUGUCAGGGUGGAGCAGGACAAUCGGACGUACCAAGUGGUGAAAUCUGUCCCAGAGUUUAACAUCAGCAACCUCUUCUGGGACACCAAGUACUGCGUCAGCGUGGAGCCGUGCGUGGCCAGCCGGCCCAACCGCGCCGUGCGCACCGACGAGCAGUGCGUCACCAUCGGCAAGAGAGACAGGAGCUCAGAGCUUGUCGUGAGCAUUGUCAGCUCCUCCUUCAUCACCGUGUUUCUCCUGGGCCUCCUGGGCGUUCUGCUGGUGUGCACCUACAUAAAGAAACCCAUGAGGCCACCAUCUGUCCUGAAGACUUUCAUAAAGCAGAGCUCACUCUGGAUGGAGGAGUCGUCCUCUUCUCCGGGCAGCCUGGAUGGAGACCCUGAUCCUGUCCAGCAGCUCUUCCUGUGCCAGAAGGAGCCCCAGCAGGACAGCGGCUCCAACAGCAGCACUGGCACAGCCCAGCUGCCCCUGGAGAAGGACUGGAGGCUCCCAGUAUGGACCGUGGACCGGUGGUGCCUGAUGGGGCUGGAAACCACGGGGAGCAGAGACAGCAGCUGCACCAGCACCGACAGCGGCAUUUGCCUGCGUGCCUCCUCCACUGAGCUGAGCUGCUCCUUGGUCCCAGAACCCCAGGGCUACAAGAGGCAGCUGCCCACCAGCAAUGACAGGAACUUGGGCUUGGAGAACAUCUGCCCUCACCCCCAGUGCUCCUCCGGCACUGGGACCACCAGCCUCGUGGAGGCUGGGCUACAGCUCAGCGUCUCCCCUGCUGCCAGCCAGGACAGCCAGCAAGACGUGGAGUUCCACGGGUACCUGCGGCAAUCCAAGAGCACGGUGGAACCGAGGCAAGAGCCAGCCAAGGAAAUGUCCUUGAGCCGCACGGGAUCCCUGCGGGGCCCAGUGAGCAGCACUGGCGUCGCCCUGGAUGUAGAGUGCUCUGAACUGGCUGUGUCCAAAGGGUACUUGAAGCAGUCUUCUGAGCAUCCCUGCAGCCACGCACAGGACCUUACUCCAUGGGGCAGCCCUCAGGAGCCCACUGCCUGGCACUUUUCUGGCCAGGUGGGGCCCCAAGCCCCAACUCUGCUGCCCUGUGGAGUUCCAGAUGCUCCUUUGGCUUCCAAAGCUGGCCCUGAGCUCCUGAAAGCUCCCUUUGACCUCAGCAUCUUCAACACUGACAUCCUGGGGACGCUGCCGCUCAUCUCCAGCCUCAGCACCAACGAGUGGCUCACGCUGCAAAUCAACCCGCUGAGCCUGCUCAACGGGGACAGCAAGGACAGCCGCCUGUGAGCCAUCCCUGCACGCUGACCCAACUACCUCUUCCAAUCACUGCCCAUGGGGAAGCAGCCACUCCAAUAAGCUACCGCCAACUCCCGAGUGUCCAAUGCACCAAACUGAGUGUUGCCAGCCAAGACUUGCACGACAAGCACCACCUUAGCUACGUCUGGGGCUGCUUUGGUGCUGGGGCUGCUGUGGCCACUCCUCAGCGCAUCCUGCACCUUCCCUCCAGCCAGCAUCUGCAGAAAAGCUGACAAGACGUGGGGACAAAAGGGGGCUCAUCCCACCUCCUCUGGCCACCAAGCCCAAGGAUACACACCAGGAUGUUUCCAAAAGGUGAUCCUGCCUGGUCUGCCCUCCCCAGAAGCCCGGCAUGGGGCAUGAUGCAGCACCCGGGGUGGGUCAGGGGCAGCCCCACACUUCCCUGCCCCACUUCCCCCUUUCACAAGCGAGUGCCGGGCUCCUCCGGCUGACGUCCUCAUUGCCGAUGCUGCCCAAACCUUUCACAACACCGGCAUCGAAAGCGAAGAGCAGCCUGACUCAACCAUCCCACUUCUGGGAAUACAGAGGAGCUCCCACGCUGGCAGGAGUCACAAGGGACUUCCCUGACCCCAGAGAGACCCUCCAGCCCCUACGGAAGAGACCUGGGAUGCUGGCUACCUCCAAGGGGUGCAGGAUGCGCACAGCAAGUGCCAUACGAGCUCAGCGCGAGCCAGGGCAGCCCUACCCACACUAUGGUCUGCGAUCCACCACUAUUUUGUACAGACAUUAUUUAUUCUAUUUAAUUGGUUACUACAGCAUGGAUGUGAUGUUAUUUAUUUGGUCUGUUCAGCUGUACAUCCACUAAAGUCAAGCUGCACAUUCCAUUUUUGGACACGGACUUUCCUUUGCAGUAAAGGGCAACAGGCUUAUGCCUCACACAGGGAAAAGUGCUUCCACAUCACAGCUGGGAGCAAAAAGGAGAACAAAGCCAGCCCACCGAGAGCUUCACGAUCCUCUGGGCAGUUGUCCCAGGGGAGCGUUGUGGGAAAAUGCACUGGAGGAGCAGCAGGGAAAAAGCCCUGGGCGGCUCGUGGUGGUUUCACAGGGAUGCUCUGGGAAUCACACGGGGCAGCAGCGCUGAGCCCACACACCAGGGCAGGACAGGAGCACCUCCAGGGUGGAGAGGAACAAGUCCAACCUCGGGGGGUGGGGGAAUAGUUUGUCAGGCUGGAAACAAGCCUGAGACGGGAACGACUUACCACGGGCUAUGUCUAACUGCUGCCAGUGCACGGGAGAGUGUUUCCAACAGUCACUUGGCUUCCAAGAACCUUUGCGGUGAGAUAGUCCCGUUAAAAGUGAUGGUGGAAACCCAGCUCGGGGAGUACUUUGUUUCAGGUGAAACCAUGAAUCACCACAACCAGGAGAAGGAUAGUUGAUGCAUGGCUGUUUCCUUCUCUUAUGCCUAACGUCGCACUACUCCCACUGAAGACACUCUCCCCGUGCCGCACAGAGUCCGGCGGGUGGCCGCGAUGGGUGCCCUGCUACGGCAGCAUCACCAGUGCCAGGGGUGUGCAUCCUCCUGCCCUUGCAUUCCCGCUGCCUCUUCUGCCUCUGGGUAUUUUGGGGGUUUGGGGCUUUUCGCUUUCUUUUUUGGGUUUUGGUUUUUUUUUUUUUUCGACUUCCUCUGAAAAACAGUCAUCAAAACGAAGCGUAAUUAUUUUUUUUUUAAUGCUGCUGACGUCAGGCUGUGUGGUUGGAUCCAGUGCGGUGCCGGUUCCUGCUCGCUGUGAAAGGCUCCAGCCGGCACCAUCCAGAGGGAGCACCCAGGGCCAAGAGAGGCGGUGUUCCCCCACCUCUGUGAGCAGCUGGGGCUCUCCUUUCAAUGAAAUCCCGAGGAAUUUGCCAGAAAGCCACAGACCACGCGCUCUGUCUGUGAUAGCAGAAAGCACGCAGUCCCCUCCAAUUCUCUGGAAAUCCUGGAUGCUCACAUUUUCCCGACUUAAGUCACAGCCUAACGCACAAGGGAUAUUUGGCUCCGAUUCCUCCUGUGAGCAUCUCUCCUGCUCUCCUCUCCACUGGGAACACCACACUUUGGCCACCACACAAGGGGUUGUGUGCGUGCAAACCCCUUUCCCUCCUCGGCAAACAGCCUAUGCAAACAUUUCCAAUGCAUUUCCAACUAUGGGGCUACUGAGCCCCCAGCACCGCAUAAAUCCUGCGAGGAGAAGCACAGGGAAGGAGAAGGGAGGGGAUUUGUGGCUGGCCAUCACCUUCCUCAUCAGCUGGGGUGCAGACUGGGGGUCUGUGCUCCAUCCUCACUGGUUUCCAUACACAUAGAUGUGCAAUCCUCCUGGGCUUCUCUUCAUUUUCCUUCUGAGAAACAGUCUGUAAAGAAGCAAUCCCAGUGCCUCCGUGCUUGCCAGCUCCUACCUGCCCGGCAGGGAUCCCCCUCCAAGGGCUGCAGCAGCUUUGCCAGAGCUGCUCUUCUCCUCCAGGCUCUUUCAGGACCACUCGCUCUGCUGCGGUUGAAAGCAGAUAGGAGAAGAAAUCCACAAGAAAGCCCACAGGGGCUUUCUGAGGUGUUUGCUUGCACGAUUAGCACAGAGGACAAAUUUCCACACUGUUCCAGAUAUUUGACCGUGGAGGGAAGUCUGAAGCAGUCUCAUUUCCUUACAGAAUUUUUUUUCCCCUAUUGCACAAACCUGUUGUGGCUCAUCACUAUCCUUUUUUUAGCUGGUUGCCCUCACUCUCAUUGCCCUGUUCACCCCACAGCCUGGCCCAAGGUCUCCUUGACACGCAGGUGGGUGGUCCUGAGGGCUGGGAUGUCUCCGAGCCAUGGGGAAGAAGUCUUUUCUCACCAGGAUGGGUACAAAGGAAGCCUGGGAUAAUGCAGCUCCCUCUUCUUCCAUCUCGAGCCAAGGAAAGCUGCACCAGCACAUUGGCACGGGGAUGGCAACCAGCUCUGGCCACCUUCCAGUGCCACC